AUGACACCAAAAUUAUGGACUAUAUUAUAUUUUAAUGUGAAUUUUAGUACCAAAUAUUUGAAGAAUGAUGUACUGAUAAACUAUAUGGGUAUGAGAAGCAGAUAUGAGGGAAGAACCAAGGUCAUGUGGCUUUUCCUUUCUGAACGAUGUUGGCAUGAUUUACUACAUUUUCUUGAUUCGUCAGUCUUGAGGUUGCUCUUUGCCGUCAACGUAGGACCUUGGUGUUUAAUAUGGUGUAUUUUAGUUUCAGGUAUCACAAUUGCACUGGCAAUAAGGGAUCUCCUGGAGGUUAUGUCUGUCGCAAUAAAAGCUUGCGCUUCUUCAUGGGUGUCACCACUUUCUACCCUCACCAACGAGUUGACACUUUAUAUUCCUUGAACAUGCCUCCUGCUAGCAGUCUCUUUUGUCCGGCGACCUGGUGACUUUUUAAACAUUUCCACAAAACCCUUGCAAGCGAAUAACUUUGUCUUAACGUCUGGCUACCAGGCUUAGGAUUACAUAAUGUGUGAAAAUAUGCUUCGCUGAUGAU